AUGCAAGCUGGCCUCCUCUAUCUUCUCAUUCCCAUCUCUAUCCUCGUCAGCUCAGUCACGUGUGAGGACACAGUGGCCGAGGACCUGGGCAGCCACCAGCUGGAGCGGCUAGCGGAGCUGCUGACGCUACGGGAGUGCCAGGACCUCCGCGACGCUCUGGCCCGGCCCGAGGAGGACGUCCUCGCACACGUCCAGCGCCUCUCCCUGGACAACAAUGACCUGGGGCUGGGACUGCUGCGGCGCCGCCAACACAGGGACACCAGCGCCAGUGACAGCGAGGCCGAGUGCCGUUCGGAGCUGACAGACUGGCUGCAGAUGCACGGGGAACAGAUGUACUACGACAGGCUGUCUGGCGCUCUGCAGCAGAUCGGCAGGACCGACAUCGCCAUAGAGGUUGCCAAGAACAUAAACCAGGCCAAGGCCCUGAGCCUGCAGCGCCACGUAGAUGAAUACCACAACCGCAUCGAGCAAAUGGCAUCGGAGGAGAAGAGUGCCAUCACAGACCCACACACACACACAGUGAGACGUUCGGUACGGCAAUUGAGAGAUUUAACCUGGCAGGACCUGGAGCUAGUGGUGGAGCGAAAGCCAGUACCCCCCAACCCCCGGGGCCUGCUGGACGGGGUGUGGCCCCUAGCCUAUGGCCUCCUCCUGGGUUUCUCCAGUGCAUUGGUGAUGAGUGCUGUCACCCUGCUCUUGACUGUGUGCAUCUGCAACAGAGCCCAUAGAGACUCCGCUGGCUGCAGCAAGAGAAGAAAGAGCGGCCAUCUUCUGAGGGGUCAUCGGGGGGAGGUCUGCUGACCAGUGUUGUGACGUCAUCAGAGAUGUUGGCCAAUCAGGAACUGCAGGAGACACCUCUGCUCAUUGCCAGCCAA